GCGGGCGGCCUCGGGGCUGGCUCCGAGCCGGGGUGUUGAGCCUGGGACUGGGGGUGCCGGGCUUAGGUGUUCUGCCCAAGCCUGGCACCAUGGACGCGCCACCCAUCACGCCUGGAGAGCUGCUGUGUCUGGGCUCCAGCCUCGCCUUCUCAGGCAUCUUCUACUACCUGUACAGGAAGAAAACCAAAGCCAUGGCACGCAUACAGGAGGCUCCAAAGCUCCAGGUUGAUGAUGAUUUACCAGCACUGGUGUCUGCAGCUGAUGGAAGGUGCUUGCCUUACGUUGCUCUGGAAGGCAUAGUGCUGCCAGCCAAGGCUGCACUGACCAGCCAUUACCAUGAGGGGCUGCAAGGCGUGAUUCAGAAACUGCUUCUGAAAGAGCAUCGGCUGAUCUGGAACAGCUUGGCCCGGAGCUGGAGUGAGAGUGAACGAGUGCUCUCAGAGCAGAUCUACACUGUCCCCUUCUUGCUGGCCUCUCCGGACACUGAUGCAGUGACGCAGGUGAGCGUGGAGAGCCCGCUCCGAGCUGUCUGCCUGCCACUGGAGACGGUGUACGAGCGGUUCCAGCAGCCAGCCCAUGGUUUCCGUGACCUGCUGGGCCAGUACUUGAGCGGGGAGAAGCCCAAGGGCAUCCUGGAGACAGAGGAGAUGCUGCGUGUAGGGGCCGGGCUGACUGGCAUUGGGGAGCUGGCUCUGCAUCCCGACGGCUCCCUGCACCUCCAGCCACCGGCCCAGGGGGGUGAAUAUUUCCUGUGCCUGGGGGACUGGCAGACGGUGCUGGCAGAGCUGGAGUCAGUCAGCGGGCUCUGGAAGGGAGCGGCCAUGCUGUGUGCCAUGGCUGGCUUGGCCGUGCUCCUGCACGCCCUGUGCCGUGCCUACCGCCGCGCCCGCCUCAGGCAGCAGCCCGAGGACAAGGAGCCCGAGAGUGAGGAGGCCGUGGAGCCCGAGAACUCCUGCGUGAUCUGCCUGACACGGCCCCGCGAGUGUGUCCUCCUGAGCUGCGGCCACAUCUGCUGCUGCUUUCGCUGCUUCCAGGCCUUGCCCUCCCGCCUCUGCCCCAUCUGUCGGGGGCCUAUUGACCGCGUGGUGCCCCUCUACCAGGCCUGAGAAUAUCUGGGGGGUUGGGAAUGGGGGGAAGGCAGUGACCAGAGAGGGGCAGAAUCAGCAAAGCCAAGCCUGGAGCCUGCAGAAAUCCUCUUACAUGAAGCUGAGUGAUUCCUGUUGGGAGGGAAGGGUCCUGGUGUGCCUCCGUGUCUGGUUUUGGGAGGGAGGAGGGGGGAGGGAGGCAGUUAGAGCAUCCUCAACCUCCCUUUGUCUCCUACCACUGUUCCCAUCCCAAACCUGAAGGUUUAGGGGAAGCAUACUUGGUGCCUGAGCCACAGAGCCCAGUUCUCAGCCCUGCACCAGGGUGUCCCUCUGGCAAGUAGCUGUUUGACCCAUUCCCUUAAACCACCCAGAGCCAUGCAAGACUUUCCCCUUGGUUAGCUUUUCCAGAGUGUGUCUUCUGGGGGAGAAUGAUAGGGACAAGGCUAGGGCUGGCAGGGCAGGAUGACAAAGAACCAACCUCCUUAGUGUCACCAUUGUCUCCCUGACAAUCCGUGUGCCUGCAGCCACUGCCCAGGCUGUGCAGGGGCACCCAAGGGCUGGUGACAAUGAAGUAUGUCACUGGGGGAGGAUGACAGUGUCCCUCUCUGCAGGAUCCCCACUCUCCUGGAGCAGGAGGCCAGCCCUGGGGUCCCCAGUCCCUGCUGCACCCAGCUUUCCUGCCCACCCAAACUGGGUGCAGGAGCAGCUUGCGGUGGUGUGUGGAGUGAUAAAGCCAAGGAGCAGA